CGCCGCCGCCGCCGCCGCCGAUUUUCGUUCCUUUCCACGCACGCAACUCGGCUGAGACCGGUGUGCAGUUGCGCGAGGAACCCGUCCACGAGUGUUAAAGUGAUUAUACAAGGUGCCGGGUAUAUUAUCUCCCGCGCGAGUUUGCCGCGAGCGUGCCGUCUCGUCCACGUUUCUUUACUGAUCUGUUUCUCUCGUGUCUAGUGAUUGUGAGAUCCGCACCGCGAAAUAUCAAUGUACGUCACGUGCUCGCAGCGUCGUCCACCUCGCCGAUGUCACGGGAUCUCGGCUGGUCGUUGCCGGCUCGCGAAGAGAAUGUUUUUCACGUGACUCGACGAGAUAAUCCCGUGGGAUUACAUACUACCGGUUGCUCACUCUGGAUACCGAUCGCACAUUAGGCAACGAGUGCAGUAGUAGAAAAAGCACAAGACGAUGUAUUCUGACGGUCUCCUGACGCUCCAUUAUGGAAAACAUCCAGCGACCUUGGCCGCAGAGGUCGGGGCCUGGUACAGCGGGGACCGUCACGUAGAUGUAACCCUGGCAUGCGACGAUGGGUCCGUUGUGAAGGCCCAUCGUGUCGUUUUGGCAGCUGCCAGUCCCCUCUUGGCUAGUCUACUUCGGAAUCCUGCCCUGGACCACGUGGUUCAUUUAUCAGGCGUCCGAAAGACUCAAUUAAAUCAUUUGUUGGAAUUUUUAUAUAACGGAGAAGCGUUGAUACCGUCGACAGAGCUUACGCCGUUAAGGGAGCUUUUUGAGCUUCUCCAGAUUAAGUCCGAGCUAUUUGAGCCGAAUCAGCCUCAAACUAGUAACUCUGACCCCGAAAGAAUAUCAACUCCACAGCCCUCAGAAGGCCAGGAGAGUUCCAGUUACGAAUCCCAAUACGAUGGCAGACAGUCCAAUAAUCCUGCGGACUGUUGCUCAGUCCUCAUUAAAACAGAAGGUUGCGAAGAGGAGCCGGAAGUGGAUGUGGAAGGUGUGGAAGGCGAAAGUCUUCUUUCGGAUAACAGAGAAAGCAGCAUAGAACCUCCUAGAAGAAGGGAUAGUUCUGAUCCUGUUAAUUUGAGUCUCAAUUCCGGCACUUCCGUCACAAGCGAUAGCUCACACGAUAUAAUACACAGGUCUGAAAAACCGAUAUUCGAAAGGCGAGAAUCUCUUGAGGAAGCAGAAGAGCGGAAGAGGCAGUUGGCAGCGCGACUGGCGUUAGGCUUAGAAUCUGGGAAGAGAAAACUCGAAGAAUUACCGAUCCCACCUGCGGAAGCAUAUGUUGUGACGCCUCAUCGAAAGCGAAGACCAGGCUUCCACAAUGCUCCCGCACAAAAUCCGGCUUUCGUGCCUUUCAAUCCUGGAUUCGAAACGCCCAGAAGAUUGCAGGCGCCACAUCCCCUGAGUGUUUCGGCACCACCGUACCUGCAAGAUAGAUCAGUGACGCCGCCAUCACAUCGACCGCCAAGCGCUGAUCCGACGUCAGCAGCGGCUCUGGAGCCACCUUGGACGGCUUGGACUCUGCCAUCUGCCAGAGCGCCACCACCGCCACCGUCAACGGACGACCCGCCAAAGUCUACCCCUGUCCGAGAAUAUCGAUGCAGCUACUGUGGCAAACAAUUCGGCAUGUCGUGGAACCUGAAGACCCAUCUAAGAGUGCAUACGGGCGAGAAGCCUUUUGCGUGUAGACUUUGUGUUGCCAUGUUCAAACAGAAAGCCCACUUGCUAAAACAUCUUUGUUCGGUGCACCGAGGUGUGAUAGCCGCUCCCGACAAUACGUUCUCGUGUUGCUUUUGCUCAUCGUCGAACUUCGUUAAUUUGCAGGACCUCAUUAGGCAUCUCUCGGGGCCGCACAACAAUCUACUACUCAGCAGAAAUCUACAUCGUGAAUUUACGAAUCAUGAAUAGCGACAAAGUCAAAGACCGUCCGGUGCUGAAGAUUGUCCCUUGAACGCAUAAUGAGCAGCUUAUUUGAGAUGCUUUCAAGAUCUCUCAUUAGGAGGAUGCGAUCGAGUAACACAAUUUCUGU